AUGGCGGCCAACAAAGCGUCCCGCGUGGGCGAGGAAAUUUGGAAAACUCGAAUCGACAAGGUCAACGCUGAGCUCGUCACUUUGACCUACGGAACUAUCGUCGCACAGCUAUGCAAGGACUACGAGAGCGACUAUGCCGAGGUGAACAAGCAACUCGACAAGAUGGGUUACAACAUUGGUCUGCGACUUAUUGAAGACUACCUCGCCAAAUCCAACACCAUGAAGCGAUGCGCCAACUUCCGCGAGACGGCAGAAAUGAUCUCCAGGGUUGGAUUCAAGAUAUUCCUCAACAUUACUCCCCAAGUGAUGAAUUGGACAAGCGAAAAUGACCAGUUCUCGCUGGUAUUUGAAGAGAAUCCCUUGGCCGACUUCGUCGAGCUCCCCGACGAUGGCCGAGCGCAAGAUCAACUUUGGUACUCCAACAUUCUGUGUGGAGUGCUACGAGGAGCUCUGGAAAUGGUGCAAAUGCAAGUUGAAGCUCACUUCGUCAGUGACGUGUUGCGGGGCAAUGACAGCACAGAGAUGAGGGUAUCGCUAAUCCGAUACAUCGACGACGAACUGCCCCCUGAGGAUGACUAA